AUGAAGAAACCUAAUCAUAUCUCUUCGCCUUCUCCCAAGAACAAGAUUCCGGAGAGUAAGUUUGUGGUGGCGAAGGAGAAUUCGAAGAGAGACAAGGAUAAAACCCCGAUUUCAGUUGAUUGUCUUCAAGGAAAAUCCGAAGAAGAUGACGUUUUUGAGAUGUCCGGUAAUAAAGGAGAAAGGAGAGAUUGUUGGAUAAAGCAAGAAAGACAAUUCCUAAACCUAUAUAUGGAAGAGUUUUGCAUUUGGUCAAGGCCUUCGAGAAUAUUCUCACAUUACCAUAUUCAAUUGAGGAUGAACUCGAAGAUCAGACAAACAAAAAUCUUGAAAGACGAUUCUCUUCUACUUCAUUCAACCCAUCUGAUCUCUUACUUACUGCAGAAAAUAUAG